AACUCUAACCGACAGCACUGGCACCGAGCGAGAGCGGCGGGUGAUGAGAACUCCUGAAUAUUUUAUUUGUUCUACUAUUUUUGUGACUCAAUUCGUGAUGUUGUCUUUUAGCUAGUUUGAUAGAGCAAAUUAAGGGCUGUAUCGACAUAAGCAGAGAGAGGGAGAACCGGUGAUAAAGUAUUUUUUGUUAUCUAACCGUCCAGUCUUUCCGUCGCCCCCCGGCCCGUGCCAGCCCGAGCGCUCCGAAUCUCACGGGGCAAAGAUACUGGCAGACAACGGGGCACGGACAGCUCUCUCUGCCCACUCCGUCUGGCUGUUCUACCGCUGUUCAGGCCUCUAGGCUUUCCUUGGCGGGCACCGACGAGUCUCUCCCGCUAUCCUUCGAUACCCGGUGGUGCUGGGCUAGAGCGUUAUGGCUCAGACGCUACAGAUGGCGAUCCCUAACUUUGGCAACAACGUGUUGGAGUGUCUCAAUGAGCAGAGGCUCCAGGGGCUCUACUGCGACGUCUCCGUGGUUGUCAAGGGACACGCCUUCAAGGCGCACCGGGCGGUCUUGGCGGCCAGUAGCUCCUACUUCCGGGACCUGUUCAACGCUGGAGGGAAGAGCAGUGUGGUGGAGCUCCCCCCGGCCGUCCAGCCCCAGAGCUUCCAACAGAUCCUAGCCUUCUGCUACACAGGACGCCUCAGCAUGAACGUGGGGGACCAGUUCCUCCUCAUGUACACCGCAGGCUUCCUGCAGAUUCAGCAGAUCAUGGAGAAGGGCACAGAGUUCUUCCUUAAGGUCUCCUCCCCUAGCUGUGACUCCCAGGGUCUUCACGCAGAAGAGACUCCGCCCUCCGAGCCCCAGAGCCCUGUCACUCAAACCACAGGGGGAGGGGCUGGGGUGGUUUCCACGGCAGCAUGUAGGCCCGCCUCCUGCCUGACACCCCUCCCCCUGGUGUCGAGGGUGAAGACGGAGCAGAGCGGGACUACGCCACAACCCACACCACAGACACAGCAGCAGGAGGCCACGUCCUACUCGGUGGUGUGCAGCCCUGUCGCCAAGCGCCUGUGGGAGGGGGGCAACCGCGGUGAUGGGGGAGGGGGGUCGGGAGGAGGGGGGUCCAGGAAAGCCGCCCGCUACUCUUCCUCCUCCGCCUCAUCAAACAACUGCAACUCCCAAGAUGCAACGGGCAGAAACGUUGUUAACCACAGUAACCAUAACAACAACAACAGUAACCAUAACAGCAGCAGCGUGGGGACGCCGGACGGAACGAGUCCGGGGACGCUGAGCAUGUACACCAGCGACUCGCCCCUUAGUUACCACGAUGACGAGGAGGAAGAGGAAGUGACCGACGACAGCGCCGAAGAGCAGUACAGGCAGAUCUGUAACAUGUACACAAUGUACAGUAUGCUCAAUGUGGGCGCCACAGUAGCGGGCGAGCGUGUGGAGUCCCUACCAGAGCACCUCACAGCAGAGACCCGGGGUGGCAGGGGGGUGAGGCUACGCCAGGACCUGGCUUCGCUACCUGCCGAACUCAUCACCCAGAUAGGUAACCGGUGCCACCCGCGGCUGUACGAGGAGGGUGACCCUGCAGAGAGGCUGGAGCUGGUGACUGGUACCUCCGUGUUCAUCUCCCGCGCCCAGCUCAUGAACUGUCACGUCAGCGCCGGCACGCGGCACAAGGUCCUACUGAGGAGGCUGCUGGCCUCUUUCUUCGACAGGAGUACUCUAGCUAACAGCUGUGGGACGGGGAUCCGCUCUUCUACAAACGACCCCAGCCGCAAGCCCUUGGACAGCAGAGUACUGCACGCCGUCAAGUUUUACUGCCAGAACUUUGCGCCGAGCUUCAAGGAGAGCGAGAUGAACGCCAUCGCGGCUGACAUGUGCACUAAUGCCCGCCGGGUUGUCAGGAAGUCCUGGAUCCCGAAGCUCAAGCUCCUCAUGGCCGAGGGUGACGCCUACUCCGCUUUCCUCCAAUCAGACGCCGUCAAGAUGGAGGCUGACGCCCUGGGGGCGGAGCAUGGGUUCGACCCCAACUCUCUGGCAGAAGAGGCGGCGGCAGCCAAUAGCGAUGCGGGACCUUCUUCGGGGGAGGGGUUACAAGGCGUUGUGGGCGGAGACGGCAGCACUUUGUUUUAAAGUGAGUGGGCUUAUUGUGAUCUAAUUGGUCGAUGGUCUUUGAUCAUUGCUCUCGGCGAUACUUCCUCCCUCAGUUUUAGUUUGUUUUUUAAUGUCACUUUUCCAUAUCUUAAUCUCUUCCCUUAAUACUUGGAAUUUCAUUUAUUAUAUCCAUCUUUUACAUCCCUUGUUCUCGCUCUCUCUCGCCGUCCCGGACCCAUGUACAUAGUGUCUGCCCCCUUUUGGGCGGGAGAGAGAUGAAAAGAUGGAGGGAUAGAGGUGCAGAAAGAAAGACGGGGGAGGUUUGUAAUGUAAGGGGGGGGCUUAACCUAGGAAUAUUCCCUGAUCCCCAUUUGUAGAAUCUUUUCUUGUUUUAAUGUUUGUUUUUUGGUUGGCAAAGGUCCUUUCUCCUUUCCAUAUCGCUGAAACACAUUCCCUAGGAGGAGCGACCUUUUGGGUUGGAUGGGGGUCGGGGUUGAAUGGGGUAGUAAUGGCUGGUUUUGUGGUAAGACGGUCUAAUAACACUGUUUUGAUAAUGAAUGUAUCGGUCGUGAAGCGUUGUCAAGUCACCUGUACGUAUUGUCUGUGGACAGUAGAUUGUAAUCGAUCGAUUGAUUAGAUUGUAUUAAUCAGUUUAUAUAGUGACUCUGGAAGUCCUACUGAAGGCUAUUUUAUGGGGAGGGGGUUGAUAUUUGUGGGGGGGUAUGUAAAGGUUUAAUGGUUGAAAUAGGUAUAUGUAUUCUGUAUAUUGGCAGGACUUUUGGACCCCCCCCGCCCCCCCCCUUGACCCUGAAAUUGACCAUUUAGAGGGCGGUUUUCAUUCCUACUUUUUUUACUUUUAAUUUGUGACUCUCUUCUCAUAGUUGUUUUUCUCUCCGUGUGUGUGACCUUUGACUUGUUGCCAAGACUCCCUGAAAAGCAGAGGAGACGUGUUACUGAAAGAUGGUUGAACAGUUGGUGACUGGACGAGGAAGAAGAUGCUCUGAUCUGGUAUCCAUGUUGAUGAUGCAGUAUGAUUUCCUAUACGUCUACUGAAUUCUGUGUAGAGAGAGAGGAGUAAGGGACCGUGUUAAAAUCAUGUCAGCUCACGCCCCAUAUUCACAUUUCGAAGGAAAGUGACAUUUGUUGUCUCGCACUAUUAAGCAAGUAAUAACUGAAUAAUGUACUUGUCUUGCACUAUAAUACUAUAAUACAAGUCUUAUCCAAAUACUAGAAUCGUCUCCAUUUGACCAAGCAUGAAGCUGUGGGCUAGG